CAGCACUUUCCUUCGUCGUGGAAACAAAGAUGGCGUCGGACGACGAGGAUGUGCCAGGUUUGUUGAUUUUGAUUAUUUUACCUUGUUUCAAAGUUCUUCUUGUGUUCUAAACUUUUAAACAAGUUGAAAUAUGGAAAAGUUUCAAACAAACUCUACUGUUUUAUGUAUCUGCCUUGCAUUGUUGCAGAUUCUGGAGCUGUGUUUACGUUUGGUAAAAGCCGUUUCUUGGACAACAAGUUUUGGAUACGCGAUGAUGCGGUUAUUCAUCUCGCUUGUGGGGACGAACAUUCUGCUGUUGUGACAGGUCAGUUGUACAUUUCUUUACCUGAAACGUACUCGUUUUUUUUGUAAUUCAAGCUAGCUGUGUAUUUUAUUCUUUUUAAUCAAGCAAAAAACAGCAGGAAGGGAGUUGCAUCUUACAACCUUAUCAAAAACUAAUAUGAUCACUUAAAGCAAGCUUAUUUGAACAGACUUAAUUAAAAUUGAGUGGACAUGAAAUCAGUGAAGUACUCACCAUAUGCUUUUUAUCCUGCACUGUUUCCUUACAGAAAAUAGAAAGCUGUACACAUUUGGAAGCAACGACUGGGGUCAACUGGGCCAUGGGAACAGGGUUCAGUUUCCUAGUCCAAAGCUUGUUAAACGUAAGUGGAAUAGCCGUUACUUUAAAGUUAAUUAUACGCCUUUGUGGUUGUUGGUUAUCACACUUUUAUAGAAAAGGAAGCGGGCUUAUGAUUGUUAAAACUAAUUACAGUUGUAGCUUUCAGCCUUCGAUUCAGAUUUUCCUUUAUUUUUAGAGUGGUUUUCGUUUGAGUGUCGUAAAACCAAAACCAAAGUAAUUACUCUGGCCAAUCACAUAGGACACAGACAAUACAUUGAACCAAUCAAAACUCGAAGUACUUACAUGUGGCUGACGCAAAGCGCGGGAAAAUGCAUGCGAGCGCGUCACAAUUGGCUUUGGUUUUACUUCUGAUUGGAUGAAAAGGUGGCGCGAAUCUUUUAAGCCAAUCGCAUCGUGUAGAAAGUGCAANCUUUUCCAGCAUGUUUACGUUAUUGUUCAGUAUAGUUUUUAGGCUCAUUCAUCCGUGGCUAAGAGAAAAGUUCACCUUUAAAACAGUGACGUCCUGUUGUCACAAAAGGUUCGUUCCGACCAAUGACGUAAAUUCAAACGACUGAAAAGGCGUAGUCAACCGACAAAAAUAGCUUACACUGCACCAAGCCAAACCGUCUUGUUAGAAACAAAUCAGCUAAUGCCAUCUUCUCUUCCUAUUUUACAAAAUACAUUUGGACAUGCCUAUCAUUUUUUAACCUGUAGGUUCGGCCGAUUAGAAAGAGUUUAAAUCGUGGUUUAUUAGUUGACCUAAAAGCUAAUAGCACUAACGCUGUGAUUCAAAAGAGCAGAGUUUAAAAAGAGGAGAAGUGCGACGUCACGUUACCAUAGUAGCAAAAUUUCUGGAAUACGGAGCAACGACGACGGCGACGGCAACGAGAACGCAAAAAAACAAAAGCGUUUUUAAUGAAUAGAGUGGUUUUCGUUUGAGUGUCGUAAAACCAAAACCAAAGUAAUUACUCUGGCCAAUCACAUAGGACACAGACAAUACAUUGAACCAAUCAAAACUCGAAGUAAUUACAUGUGGCUGACGCAAAGCGCGGGAAAAUGCAUGCGAGCGCGUCACAAUUGGCUUUGGUUUUACUUCUGAUUGGAUGAAAAGGUGGCGCGAAUCUUUUAAGCCAAUCGCAUCGUGUAGAAAGUGCAAAACUAAUUACUUUUCGACACUCAAAUGAAAACCGCUCUAUAAGUUACAUUACCUUUGUUAAUUGCUUCCGUUCCCAGAACCAUCAGGGUAUUUAACAAAAAAAUUAAAAUUAUUAAUUCCAUCAAAUUAAAAUUGACACUGUUUUUGUGGGUUUUGAAACUUUACAGACAGAUGUUUUGAAAAAUGAAAACAGUGAUGUACAUUAAUUUUUUUUUUUUCCCUAAGUACAGUACAUGCACAAGGAUAACUAAUAAUGCCACCUUCCAGAUGUAUUUUUGAGCAGUUUGAUCUCUUAACAGAUUUUAGCUUGGUUAUCACCUUAAAACAAAGUUGUGAUUCUAAAGUACUUCCCUACUAAAGAGUUCCAAAUUGACAGUGAUGCAAACAACAGUGGAUCAUCAGAAAAUAUCCAAUUUGAAAAUAUGCCUUAAGUCUGACAGUUUUCAGACGUAAUGACUGGACACAUCAAAUACCCAAGACUAUUAUUUUGAAGCUGACGUUCUGCGUAGAUCUAAGGAAAUGAAAGUCAAUCUAAUUUAUUCCUAAUAACUUUCCUAUUUUGUCUUACUACGUGUAAAAUGACCACUUGGUCGGACAUGUGUCCUUUCUAAAAAGAAUAUCAUUUUUAGCACUGCAAACCACAUAAAAAUCCAAGCACUUCAUUUGUGUGCUGAUUUAUGAGUUAACUUGUUGUUGUUGUUGUUGUUUUUUGUUCAGUUGAUAAACUGCCAGCCGGCAAAAACAGCUCUUUCUCCACGCUCUUCGCUGUUGGGGGUGUUUCGCGCAGAGGAGGUCAAUGUUUACAUAAUAAAUCUGAUAGUCAUGGGGUUCCAAUGCAAAUUUGUUCAAGUUUAUGUUUCUCCUGGUUGAUUUUAGUGAAGCGUUGUGUUCAUCUGCGAACCAGCUCAUCAAAACUCAAAUGCUUUUUCUAGAGAAGACUACUGCUAUAUUCCACAAAAUAUUAAUAUUGAGUGUUUUGUUAGAGAUUGAUCGCGUUUAGUUAGCAUUUACAUUUGUCCUUCGCAGCCUUUUGUCUUUUGUCUGUCAUUUAGAAACAUUAGCUAAAACAAUGUAACAGCAGACCAAUUAGUGCCUUAUCUGUCAUCAGUAUGGAAUUUUUGUUGCUUAGUUGUGAGCUGCGAGGAGAAAUGGCUGUUUUCGCAGGCUAAUAAGCUGCCUGUUUCACCAGAUUUGUGCAAUUACUACAGAAAGGUUGACAGCUGUCUCAAAACUCUUUAUUUGCAGGGCUAAAACCUGAGAGAGUCAAACUUGUAGCUGCUGGCAGGAAUCAUACAAUUGUGUCAACUGGUUGGUAAAUGCAUUCAUUCUCCAUGUCUAGGGACCUGCCCCUGCUUAUUUUGAACUAUCAUCUUUUAUUAUUAAGUCAUUAAAUAAUUUGUCAUAUAAAUGUAGACCACAAAGAAAAACCUCUAUGUGUACAAAGUUACGUAAAAAAUUCACAUUGAGCAGAGAUUAUAGAUGCCCUGUGUUGACCAGUCUGAGAUUUUUGGUAGGAAACAGUUUUAUUGUUAGAUGUGAGCUUUGGAGAGCAUGCACACGUUUUUUUCUAUGUACCUUUCUUGUCUUUCAGAGUCAGGAAAGCUGUUCAGUUUUGGUUGUGGGAGUGAGGGACAGUUGGGACAUGGAGACUGUGAGGUGAAAAAAUCAUUUUGUUUAAUACAUUGCUAUAAAGAUAAUAACUUUGACAGAAUUUUCUUCUGCAAUGUUGAAAAACGGUUCUGUAGAAAUAUCAGUAACAAGGUUCUCAGUGGAAGCUGGCACCAGGCAAUAAUUGAUUUCCCCCCACCCCCCCCCUACAGUGUUGUACUUUGAAAUUGGGGGUGGGGACAAUUGGGAAAUGGAGAAUUUGAGGUUAAAAAAUCAUUUUUUUUAAUACAUUGCUAUAAAGAAAAUAACUUUUACCGAAUUUUCUUCUGCAAUGUUGAAAAACGGUUUUGUAAAAAAAUCAGUAACAAGGUUCUCAGUGGAAGCUGGCCCCAGGCAAAAAUUUAUUUCCCCCCCCCCCCCCUACAGUGUUGUACUUUGAAAUUUGUAGCUGCUUACUUCAUACAUUCUAUUGGCUGCUUUUCUCUUUUUCAUUUGAACUCAAGUUUUUUACCUAUCCCUUUCAUCUGAUUUUCACUUUUCCUUGUCAUAUAUUGUGCAAAAUAAUCAAAACAAUGGAGACCAAACAAGUAAACUCACUGCUGCUUAGAAUUGUACUUAACAGCCGCCUUGUUUUUAGCCAGGUAAACAUGUAUGCCACAUUCAUUUUGGUCCAGCCCUUCAUGGUAAAACAUGGUAAUGAGCUGCUGAAUUCUAUUCCUAAACAGUUUGCAAUAAUAAUGGAUGCCAAAUGGCCCAGCCUUUUAUGUAAUAGGCUACUUUUGAGUUGCAAAAACUCUCACUUUCAAGACAAGGCUGCAAAUUACCUUAUUUUUAUUUUCAAGAGGAUUAAAAGUUAUUUUCAUAUCAAUGGCCUUGCACUUAAUCUCCCAUCUAAAAAGAGGCUUAAGGGAAUACUCCUAAAUUCCUAUUUUCUAAAAAAUUAAUCUUAAAAAUAAUAAAAACUCUUUCUGAAGGUACCGUAAAAUUCCGAAAAUAAGCCCGUCCAAAUAUAAGCCCCCCCAAAAUCGUAACGAAAAAAACCCUCUGUUAAAUUGCCCCUCCGAAUAUAAUCCCCCUGGGGGGCAAAUUUCCCUCCGUACAUGAGCCCGUCCGAAUAUAAGCCCCUCCAAAAAUAAGCCCCUUAAAAAGGGCCUUUGAAAAAUAUAAGCCCCGGGGCUUAUUUUCGGAACUUUACGGUAAUUUCUUGGUAAUUUUUGUGAUUUUCUUCAUAGAAUUCCAAUUUCCCUAAAGCAAUAGAAUCUUUAGCAGAUCAGCAAUACAAGGUCCUUGCUUGUGGAUCUGAUUUUACUGCAGCAGUCACUGGUAACUAUUAGCAGAGUCUAAUCCUGUUCUCCUUAUAUUUUACAUUUUUAGCAGUCACUAUUAAAAUGAUGCAACAAAAAUGUAGAAUCAAUCACAAAAAUGACAACUAAUCAAUUAAUCAAUUUUAAUAAAAAUUAAAUUGGUUAUAAAUAAAUUGAAUAUUUGCAUAUGGCAUUGUUUGUUUCUACAAGAGGCAACAAUGUACAUGUAGAGAGAGGAAGCAUGGCCAAGUUCUUUUUCUGUUCUGGACUAUACUUGAUAUACAGUGGCUUGAUCUGUUUCCCUGCAUGAAGUCCUGGCCAUGGUAUCUCAACAGUUGGAUAUCGCUUUCAUCAGGAUAUAUCGCAGGGGCUCAAGGAAGCAAAUAUUGGCUAGAAUUUUCUAUUGCUUGAGGACAGCUAAAAAUUUGUAAAUGACUGCUUCCAUUUAGUUACAAUUUUCAAAGCUUAUCUAACCAAAGAUUUUCUGAAGUUUAAUUUCUCACGUUUUACUCCGGGCCAUGUUAGGCUGAUUUUCGUAGGAAACUUUAAAUUUUCAGAUUCAAAACUGUGAAGGAGAGAGUAAUAAGAAAAAUUCUGACUAUUUCAACCUUAAAUUGCGUCUAAAAUUUUGGGGAAAAUAAUACUGAAGCCCUUGUAAUUUCAAAAAGUUUCUCUAGGAUGACCCAAGUAGAUACAUGUUUUAUAGUGCUGCUUGGAAUGCAUUUCCAGAGAUCUAAAAGUACUGUGGAUAGCCUAAAAAGAGUUUUCAAUGUAUUUAGAAGGAAACCGUCGUUAGGUGCCCCUGAUUUUGCUAUCCAGCUGUGAAGAAGGAUUGUGAAAACCAGUUGCCCUGCCCACUAGAUAGUUAUUUAUCUGGCCCGGGUUGUUCAAAUGUUGGAUAGCGCUAUCCACCAGAUAAGUUACGAUCCAGCGGAUAAGUAUUAGGGAAACCAUUGGAUAGAGAUUUAUUCAGUGGAUAGCGUUAUCCACCUUUUGAACAGCUGGGCCAGAGUUAAACUCCUUGAUCAUGUGUAGCCAAUUCCUUUGCCUCCUACAUGUUCCUACAUGUACCAUUGGGAAUUUUUUGUAAUUCAAUGCUUAGACCUAAACCCUACCUUAGCUUAGAUGACCACGUAGAAAUGGUGCCUGUUUCAUCUGCAGUAGUACUUUACCCUUGAGGCUAGCCCCAAUAUCCACACACAAAUUCUCCGCACUGAUUUCCAUGUUCCAUAAUGUGAUAAACGAUCAACAAAGUAAGAGAAAAAUUUUCUUAUCCAAUUGUCCCGUGGACAAGCACUAUAUUACAUGUAUGUUUGGUUGUCUGAAACCAAACAGUUCUUGUCCAAAAGUUUUGCCAGGUUCCUAAGCCAAACGGAGCUCAUAAAAACAAAUGAAAUGGCUGCAGUAUGGCGAAAUUAAAAUGAAUAUUUAACCUUAUUAUGUCAAGUAUGAAGUUUGCUUUUAUGACUAUCAGAUACAUUUUAAUUCCACUGUAAUUAUUUGAAGUCAAUUUUCAACUGUUUCAAAGGUUUACCUGUCCGAACUAAAUUUAUACCUGUCCCAGGCAAUUGGACAUAAGUUUUUGCACACCCUGAUCAAGGUAUUUUACCUUUGGUGAUCAUUUUAUUAAUUCUCGUGACCUUGUCUUGUGAUGGUGUAUGGACAUUGUUAGGAGAAAAUUGUUGUUGGUCACUCUUGGCACUCAAAUGGUUCACUUGUGGUAAAAAAACAUCGACUAGAGUACUUUAUUUUUGAAUACUUUCUUAGCUGAAGGAGAGUUGUUCACAUGGGGAUCUAGUAGUGAAGGUCAAACAGGCCAAGGGGAUGAAGACUGUGUAGUACCCACUAAGGUGCAUCUGAGGGGCAAGGUGGCAGCUGUCGCCUGUGGUUAUUAUCACAUGGCGGUAGUUACUGGUGAGUUACAAUUGUGGUUCAUUUACUGAUAGUUACUGCAUGAUGACUGUCUGAUUCAGCAUUUUGAUUAUACAAUAUCUUCACGUUCUUGAAAAUUAUUUAGCAUACCAUAUAAUCAGCUCAUUUGGAUAUUCAAAACAGAGGAAUUUUGUUUAUAAUAACUGCAAUUGGGUGUAUUUUCAAAUAGUAUCAGUCACAUGAAAUUGUCUCAAUGUUCUAAUGUUCAUGGAACAAGACUGUAUUCUAAGAAUUGUAAGACACCCAGAAGUUCUAAACAAAACAAUGAUUGUGAUAAUUUCCAAGUUACAUGUGUUGUGUUAUAUUCUGUUAAGUCCAGUGUACCUAUGUGUACACCCCCCUUAAAGGCAAAUCCAUGGCUGUUACUAUGGUACAACCCAAACCUGUUUUACAGAUUUUUCCUGACUUUACAGUGACCUUGAAAACAUUUUUUUGAGGCUUUCAAGUGCAUAUAGUAAUUAUACUCUGAUAAUCAGAUCUCUGCUGUACAGAAAGAGAUUUGCAUGAAUGUUCUUUACCUUUGUGAUGUUACACUGUACAGCCCUGCAUGUCUUGUAACUGCCUGUUUUGUGUCUUUAAUCUUAGAUGAUGGCUCUUUGUACACAUGUGGAGAAAAUGAGAGUGGAAAGCUAGGACUGGAUGAAUCACAACUUAGAGACACAUCAGAGCUUCAAAAGCUAUUCAUAAAUGAACAGGUUACUGCUGUUGCGUGUGGUGGGAAUCAUACUGCAGUAGUCACAGCUAGUGGAAAAUUAUUUACUUUUGGACAAGGCGACCAUGGCCAACUUGGUCAUGGAACUUCAACGUUAGAACGUACCUCACCUAAACAAGUGACUAGUCUAGGAAAUGUUCACGUUAAAUUUGUAGCUUGCGGCGAGUCUCACACAGCCAUUAUAACUAAACAUGGAAAUCUGUAUACUUGUGGAGAUGGAAGACAUGGAAAGCUAGGAAUGGGAGAAGAAUCAUUUUCCAAUUUAUUCAGACUUGAAAAAGUGAAGAGAUUUGAUGGUUUUACUGUUCAAAAGGUUGCAUGUGGUGGAUGUCAUACACUUGUUACUGCAUAUAAAACAUCUGAGGUCACUGAUGGUACAGACAGUGAGGCUGAAGCUGAAAAGGAUAUGCUUUCAGCUUCAAUUUCUUCUACCAGAAGCCUUCAGGAUGCUGUGGACGGCCCACCGGGUCCCAGGGGUGGGCUUGCUGCCACACUUCCUGCAGGGGGUGUGGCGAGGAACAAGCGCCGACAAAGAAAUAUAGAGGUAAUCAUCUAGAGGCUUUAUUUAUUUUGUACUUGCCACUUCGAAGAAAAACCAAAAAUUCAGAAGUUGUUGGAUCACUGCUGCUCUAAAGGUACACAUUUCUUUUGGGAUGUAUUGGCAGAUUGCUCAGUUAUUGUCCACAGUAUAAUUUUUUUUCCAUUUAUCUUACACUGUAAUUAAAUUAGUAAUAAUAUUACUACCUCAACUACAAGUUCCGUACAACAGAUCUCUUAACCUGCUGACUAACAUAAGCCAUUUUCAGGCAUCUUCAUACGCUAUAUAAUCUGAGAAAACAGCCAAUAUUUUGCGACAUGUCACUUGCUUCCUUACACGAAUGGACAUCUGAGGAACAAGCAUGGAAAUUUCAUACAGAUGAUGCACCAGGGUUGUCAGAAAGUUUUGACGUAGAUGGCUGAAUUGUCAAAGUGAGCGGCCAGUCCAGGGAUAUUUUAUUUAAAAAACGCCAUCCAUAAAAAAAUGUCAAGCAGAGUAGCAAGCUGAUAAUAACCAAGUAGGCGGCGAUUUUUUCCAGCAGCAGGGUACUUUUGACAACCCUUUCAGAUGAACCACUACCCAGAUCUGGGUAGUGUUUGUGAUCAGUAUGCAAUUUCAGCACCCAGAUGUCAUUUUGCAGGAAAACCAAUUGCGGCAUUGCAAAAUAUUACCUGUUUUCACUGCUAACAUCAUUAUAGCGACUAUUCAUCAUUUGCCCUUAUCACCUUUAUUGUAAACGGUGAACAUUAAUUUAAAGUUGAAAGUAACCCAGUUAGUGCAUAGUCUGCUGUGGUUGGUGAUGGUUAUUCGGAGGGUUUUGUUGAAUGUAGAAUAAGGUUUCUUAUUAUUUAAGCAUUGAAAUAUUAAUUUUUUCUCAUGCAUUGCAUUAAAAUGUUUGAUCACAUACCUGUUAGAACCUUGGUAAUUCAGUAGGAGGAUCCUUGCCUCCCAUCAGCAAGUCAACAUUACCUCCUCUGUCUCGGACUCUUCCUGCACUGAAAAAAGAGCCGAUAAACCAAGAGAAGAUCCCUGUGAAUCCUCUGGACAUGUCUACGCUACCUAAAAUAUCACAUGAAGACCGUGGUUAGUAUCUGUUAUUAAUGGUAGAAAGAUGUAAUGUGUGAGUUCUGGCUCUAUUUUAGCCUGUGUCACAGAUGAAACCAAACUCUGGUUAAGUAAAUUUGUGAACAAUCAUAGAAAUCUUUGUUCUGGGCCACCACCUUUGUACCAGGAUUUGAGUACGCCCCAUGAUCGGCCUGUCAAAAAACCCAUUGUUGAUUUGCCAGUCAGAAUGAAAAGAAAUUUUGAAGUCCAUUUCCGGUAAUUUGUUAAGUCUAUUGGGGGCUAAGAACAAAGAACAAGGAUAUCGCUGCUGCUGUGCAGACGUUACUAACCGAGGUUAAAUUACAUCUGUGAUGCAGGCUAACUCGACUUCGGGUGUUCAUGGUUUUCUGAGUUUAAUUGACAGCUAGUAAACAAAAUGUAAGGGAGGUGCUCAAAUUCAACCCAAUUAAUCGUAGGAUCGAUCUAGAGUUGAAUUCUUGGGAAUGGCACUCAAGUUUAGAAAAAGAAAGUUUUAACUUCCUUCACAACAUGUCACAUUUGCAGUGACGGCAAGGAAAUGUACCUGAAAGCGUGGUGCAUGUGCAAAAUUUAUGUUUUGCUUAUCAAACCCAUUGCUUUUUUGAUAUUCUCAUUGCCAUCGCUGUCAUCUUUGCUAAAGCUCCCUCAUGAGGGAAAGCCUGUAGUCCCUGGGCUCUGAAAGAUUUUCAGGAUCAAGGCUUUUUUUGUUAUGCACUUCAACAGGAGGUGACCAGAGACAGGACAAUAAGAAGUCAGCUGAUAAAAAAGAAACGAAGGUGAGUGAUUUUACUUUUAACAUUACAGCCUGAGGUCGUAAGUCCUUUGCAACUUCUCAUGUACAGUGGGCAUGAACGCCUUUGCAAAUUAAAAUAUUGUUAGAUGUCAGUAUUCAAGGCGAGUACGUAAUGCCGUUUUUUGGCCCAAUAAUCGUAUUUGUUGAGUCCAAUAAAAUCCCGCUCAAAAGUCAGCUAGCAGAUUAAGAACCAUUACCUGAAUACCGUUAAGACACUUAUUUUGUAAGACCCAAUUCAUCCCAAAAAUCGUUAAAGUUUCAUUCCUUCCAGAUUCAUUUGAUAGCUCCUUCACACAGGCAUCCUUUUGCCUUGUCCCACAGUCUUCCCUAAUCAUAGGGACAUCUGCAUAGGGGGCUAACAUUUGAUUGCUGGUGACCAUUUGUAGGAAACGAAGCUCAGUAAAAAACAAAAGGAUGCUGAGAGCUCUUCUGGUAUAUCAGAGAGUGAAGAGGAUGAGGAGGGGCACGAUGAAGGCCAAGAUAAGAAGGACAACGAGAAAGAAAAAACAGCUGCAGUCACCAAAGAGGAACCGAAAAAGGGUGAGCUGAUUCAUUAAACGAUCGGAAAAAAUUUUCUUUUUGGUCAAAAUAUGGGUGCUUACCAUUGGUCACGACUAGCUGGUUAGACCAGUCCAGUUUAAGGAGAAUUUCAGUUUUUAUCAGGAUUGCCCAUAAAAACUUGUCUCCAAUCUAUAAACGGCCCGUUUACAAAGGGCCCGGACAAAUUUUUGAACGGACCAUUUUUUUUACCAGUGCAACCCGUUUAGACGGGACGGUGUAGAUUCUGUUACAGAUUGCAGUACUGUUUACCGUUCAAAAACUUGCAGGGUUCUGCCGGUCGCGUGUAAACGAAAAGCAGAUCCGUGCACGUUUUCCUCCGUUCAAACAUUUGUCCGGGAACUAAUGGCUCUCUUUCAUUUGUCCCGGGGAAUCAGUAAACACACGAGGAAAGAAUUUUGUCCAGAGGUUUUAUCCAAAGUUGAAGGUUUGUACUUGUAAACUGCUGACAGAGAUUGUCGUGUUUUCUAAAUUAUGCAUUUUGUUGUUUUUUAUUUGUUCAUUACAAAUGCAGAAGAAGAGUCCGAGGAAUCUAUGACCGAAGAUGAAAGUGACAGUGAAGAGGAAGGAGAAGAGUCUGCAGCCAGAAAAAAUAAAACAGACAUGAACAAACCACCCAAGGUCUUCUCGGAGAAAGAUGACAAGAAAGAUAAAGUUGCUAGUAAGAAAGAAGAAGACGAUGAUGAAGAAGAAGAGGAGGAAACGGGAGAAGAAGAUGAAGAAAGUGAUGAUGAGGAGGACAGUGCAGAGGAAGGAAAGAAAACUGGCAAGGAUGAACAGCUUGAAGUUGUUGGAAAAAAAGUUGAUGUGACAAAAGUCGAGAAGAUGAAGAAGGAGGAGGAAGAGGAGGAUGAAGAAUCCGAGGAAGAAGAGGAAAGCGACGAGGAGGAGGAGGAGGAGGAGGAGAAUAAUAAGGAAGCUGAAGCGAGCAAAAAGAAGUCUCGGGAUAAAGAGGCUGAAAAUAAAGGUGAAGCUAAGGGAAAAGGCAAAAAACCUGACGUAAAGAAGAAAAAAGAAAAAGAGAAAGAGGAGAGUGAAGAAGAUGAAGAUGAAGAUGAAGAGGAGGAAGAAGAUGAGGAAGAAGAAAGUGACACAAAUGAAAAAACCAAGGAUAAAAAGAAAGGUAGAGUAGAUAUUUAAACUUGUCUCUUCCAAAUGCGUUCAGGUUGUGGGGAUGGCUUAAGGAAAAGUAAGAAGGAAAACUCACAGCUCUAGUCUCCACUAAUCAGAACACCUGGAAACGGCUAUGUGUGGUAUUCAACAAUUAUUCCUCGAGCCCGAAUGGGCUCUGAGUCAAUAGCCCAUGAGGCCGAAGGCUGAAUGGGCUAUUGGCUCAGGGGCCAUGAGGGCGAAAGGAAUAAUUGUUUAGUAAAAUCCAACUAGUUGGUCAAAAAUAUCGAGACAAAACAACUUUAGCUGGUUAAAGCUAGACUUAAAUCGUUUUUUGCCGCCAAAAAGCCAGCGCUUUUCGCUACUAGUGGGUUAUAACAUAUAGCCUAGUAGUAGCUCAACCAAUCAAAACGCAGCAUUGAUAAUAGACCACAAGUUGGAUAUUACUAAACUAAGAUAGCUAUGAGGCAAUUCCUUUAGUUCCUGAAUGUGCCACGUGACUGAUUUCCUGAGUUACCUGUGUUUUUACUCUGCUGAGUAUACAAGGAAAGAAAGAGUGUAGAAUCUCACACAGCCGUCAAGAUAAGAAAAAGGAUAAAACUUGUUCAGUAUUAACAAAGAGCUAAAUACUGGUUCGUUUUGUAGAAAGCGUUGGAAGACAAGUUUUGAACUCAAUAAAGCUUGCCUUGUGUCCGCUUAAUGUGGGGUUUGCUUAAUACAGGUUUCGCUCUAGUGUACUGUAGGAUAUCAUUAUUUGCGUCCCCAGGGUCUCCAGGGUUCCCAGGGUUCUCUCGUACCCAUCCUCCGUAGGGCGGGUAGAAGAGAACCCUGGGAACGAGGUUGCAUAAGGCGUCGACGCCCGGAGGUGAACCUGGGCUACGAGACGAGCACUCUCACCAUUGGGCCAUCCUUACUCUUACUUGACUGUUACUCGGAAGUAAGGUGUAAGGGUUGAGGAGGCGUUGAACUCAGGGCAACCCUGAACAGCUCCGAGCAGCCAGUUAAAAGCUACUGGGCGACAAAGGUACCACACGGUCAUAGUAUUUUUUUUUCCGAUAUUUCAGACAAAAAGGCACUGGAUGAUAAGGACUCGAAGACGAAGAAGAAGAAACCGAAGAAAGAGAAAAACGAAGACGAUGACGAGUCCAGCAAGAAGGACAAAGAUGAUAAAAAGGACAAAAAGAAAGUCAAGAAAGGAAAGGUAAGAGUUUUUGUAGGUCAAUAUCUAUUUUCGCUCAUGUUUUUUCGAUUUCUUAGGGAGAUUUCAUAUUUGUGUAGAGCUGCAACAUUCGGUUAUCGGACAACCGAAAUUUGCCUAUUUGUCGACGAUAUCAUUCCUACCUUGUUCAUCCGUGUCUUUGUUGGUACAUGCUGUGUUAUUUAUACUUUCUUUUCAUUUAUCGAGCGAUUAAUUUUAUAUGUGGCCUGAUAGACACUUCCACGUAGACUUGCUACAAGUCGACCUCUCAUAAGUUCUUAAAAGUGAGCGAAGCGAGCUUCAAUGCAUGAAGUCUAUAACUUCCAUGGGUUUUUCAACUUUUGACUGGGAUCAGUCAGCGAGAAUCCGUCAACACUGCUGCAAGGAACGCCUUAAAAUCAGUUAAGUUGUUUAGUUUUAGAGGUAUUUUUUGAAAACUAAAACCAAAAUACAGCUCUGCGAAGUCGCGGAAUUUUACAGACGUUUGUAUGUACUUGUACUCCACCAUACAAACGUCUGUAAAAUUUCGCGACCUUGUAGAGCAAUAUCUUCGCUCUCUUUGGACUUGUGAUCUGCUUACUGCUCUCUAUCAAAAGUUGAAAAAAACCGUCUAAGGAUCUAAGCAGUUACCACUGUUUAAAUUUCGAUAAAUUUUGUGAAACUGCUCCUUAUAAGUAAACGUAAAUUUUAGAGCAUAUUCCCUUGAAAGGACGGCAGUGCAGCCAAACCCCCGCUUAAUACGGACACCUCAUUAUUACGCGCAGUUUUCUUUGUCCCUGGGGAAAAAAACCCUUACAUUGUCUCUUAACUUAACCCGCUUAAUACAGACACCCCGAUAAUAUAGAGACACUUUCUAUGGCCGCCAAGUGUCCGUAUUAACGGUGUUGGACAGUACAGUCAAACCUCGCUUUACGGACACCUCAUUAUUACGGACAGUUUGCUUAUCCCCUGGGGAAAUAAAGCCCUUAAUUCAGCCCCUUUAAUACGGACACCCCUAUAGGGACACUUUCUAUGGCUCCUCAAGUGCAUGUCCGUAUUAACGUAUUAACAGCACCAAUCAUAUUGUGCUUGAUAUAUUUUCAGGAGAAAGACAGUAAGAAAGAAGACGAGGAAGAGGAAGAAGAAGAGGAUGGCGAAGAGGACAAAGACGAAGAAACAGAAAAAGAGAAAGGAGAUGAAGAAGAAGAAGAAGAAGAAGAAUCUAAUAAGGAUAAAAAGGGCAAAAAAGAAGACACAUCAGGCAAAUCCGAGUCUGGAAAGAAAGGAAAGAAAUCAGGCAUAUGCAUCCUCUUAUGAGAAGGUUUUCAGAAAUUUAACUGUUCUUCUGGGUGAAAACUUAGUGGAAGAUUCGUUUUAUAUGGAAAACGCUUUUUAAAAUUUUAACCAAAUGACUGUGAUUUUGCUGACCGUUUGAAAACAUUUUAAAUGUUAUGCCGCCUAGCAUUCUGAGCGGUACGUAAAUCUGUGAAGGAA